AUGGAAGCAUCAAACUUAUUCUAUGGAGUGAUAGACACUAAAUCUUAUUUAAACGUCGACGACAUCAAUGGAAUAGGUCUCGGUAGCUUUCCCAAAAAAUUCCAAGACCCCUCAAUAGACUUCGCACUCUUCAAAAUCGCUACAUAUGCCCAAACCGAACUGGUACCAGAAAAAAUUAAUUUUGUUAGAGAAAUUUCAGACACUUGCAGAGAGCUUGGUCCUUACUCUGAAGAAUUUAUAAUUCCUAUAAUAAAUUCUCUUACAGACGAAUCAAGCGAAAUAAAAAUUUUACUGGCAUCAAAAAUUCCUGAUUUAACCUCAUUUUUUGUCCAGGAAACUAGAAAUUUUCAAGCCAUUAACAAAGGGAUCAUCCCAGUAAUCAAAAAACUGCUAUCAGAUGAAAUUGAUGUGUCAAAGGCGAUGGUUGAUAAUUUAUUGUCAAUCGCAUCAUUAAUGAGCUUUGAAUUAAUUCAAAGUGAGCUGUCUGACAUUAUUAAUGAAAUGCUGAAAGAUGAAAACAAUGAAGAAGAUAUCGCAAUUGGGAUUGAUUUAGUAAAAGGGUUAAUGAAAACACAUGGAAUUGGGGUUUGGCAACUUUAUAUUGCUGAAGUGCUAGAAAGGCUAAUACAAAGCAAUUCAAUUAAAAUUAAAAAGAGCUUAAUUGGAGUACUGGGGACUGCAUGCGAAACUUUUCCUUAUGAAUAUGUGAAAGAUGAAAUAAUCCAAAUGUUCUUAACUCUCUCACAAGAUGGAAAUUGGGGAAUAAGAAAAGCUUGCUCAGAAGCAAUUAUCCCCUUUUUCAAGGUCUGUGAUGCAGAAACCCUAAACAAGUUCAUUUUACCAGUUUUUUAUAAAUUUUUAAAAGAUAAGUCAAAAUGGGUCCAGCAAGAAUCCCAAAAUCUUCUCCCACAAGUAAUAGUCUAUUUCAAAGGCGAAAUCCCAGAAAAGCUAAUAAAAACAUAUUGUACAAUCCCAGACGCAACUGAUGCAGCUUAUUUCCGAGCAUUUUAUUUCCCAGGGGUUUUGUUGAAAUUAGGUAAAGAGUCUUGGAAUGAUUUGAAAAAAUUAUUUAUGAAACUCUGCACAUCAGAAUUUAAAAUAAAAAUGUGCAUUGCUUCUUCUUUGCAUGAAAUAGCCAAAAUUUUAGGAUCUGAAACAACAGAAAAAGAUUUACUCCCCCCCCCCCCCUCCGUGAGCGAACAAAACCAUUAGAAAAAUCGCCAUUUUUUGACCAAAAACCCACCCUCCGUGAGUGAACAAAAAUUUUUUUUAAUAAAAAAAUUUAAUGGAAAAAAAUUUUGAUAUAUAAGUGAUAAUUAGUAUAAUGAAAUCUAGAGCUAAUUCUGUUUAAUUUUAAACAAAUUGCGUUUUAAAACAUAAAUUUUGCAAAUUAAAUUAAUAUUUGCUUCCCAAUUUUUGCAAAUUAGGAUUUUUUUAAAUUUCGAAAAAAAUAUUUUUUAUAAAAUUUAUAUAUAAAUUUUUUUUUAAAAAAAAAAAUUAAACCCCCCUCCGUGAGCGAACAAAAUUUUUUUGUUCGCUCACGGAGGGGGGGGGGGAGUUAGUUGAAUUUUUAGAAGAUUUUAUUAAAAAUGACUCAACAAAAUCUAAAGCCUUGACUAUUCUAGCUAAAUUUUUAGUAGAAGUAAAAGACUCAAGAAUCAAAGAAAAGUUUUUGGUUUAUUUUAAAGAAAUGGCGGACUCAAAUAACUGGAGGGUUCGUGAACUUUUAGCAGGGGAAUUACAUGAGUUGAUUCCUGUUUAUAAUAGAGAUAUUCUUAAUGGGGAAAUUUUCAAUAUAAUUCAAAAUCUAUGCAGAGAUAGUGUUAAUAUUGUAAGGAAAAAAGCGUGCAGAAGCUUAGGAAAUAUUGCACUUUUUAUGAUAAACCAAAAACAAGGAGAAAACUAUAUAAAUUUAAUCAAAAAUAUUGCAAAGGAUUCAAAUUGCCAUAUAAGGAUUGGCUUUGUUGAGGCAGCAAAAAGUUUAUGCAUGGAUUAUGAACUUUUUAUAGAGAAUUUUAAAGAAAAUAUUGAAGAAAUUUCAAAGGAUCCUGUGAAUAAUAUAAGACUGGCUUGUACAGAUCUCAUAAAGCUUGGAGUGAAGUAUAACUCAGCAGAGUUUUGGCAAGAAAUUAAAGGUGAAAUGUCAAGAGAUUAUGAUGAAGACGUCAAAUACGAAUUAAUUGGAAAGUAUGAAAAAUCUCGUGGGGUUGAGCCAUUAGAGCCUGGCCAUGGAGAAAAUUUCAUAUUAUUCCCACCUGUAUUUAGGUCAAUUCAUGCAAUAGAAACAGUAGAUAAAACAGAACUGAUUUCUCCUGUUGAAGCGAAACUAGUAGCAAUAUCAAGCUAUAUUGAGUUAGAAAAUCACAUGCCGAAAGAUAUAGAGCUAUCAGCAUAA